GGAUGGACGAUGGCUUCCAGCGUUAGGAAGCCAAGUGUGGCCUCUACCAGCCAGAAGAAAAAGGCGGGCCCGAAGCCCGAGCUCACUGAAGACCAGAAGCAAGAAGUUCGUGAAGCGUUUGACCUCUUCGAUGCCGAUGGGAGUGGGACCAUCGACGUGAAGGAGCUGAAGGUGGCCAUGAGAGCGCUGGGCUUCGAGCCCAAGAAGGAAGAGAUGAAGAAGAUGGUCUCCGAGGUGGACAAGGAAGGCACCGGGAGAAUCAGCUUCGACGACUUCUUGGCCGUGAUGACGCAAAAGAUGGCCGAGAAAGACACCAAAGAAGAAAUUCUGAGGGCGUUCCGGCUCUUUGACGAUGAUGAAACCGGGAAGAUCUCUUUCAGAAACCUGAAGCGCGUGGCCAACGAGCUGGGGGAAAACCUCAACGACGAGGAGCUGCAGGAAAUGAUCAACGAAGCGGACCGGGAUGGAGACGGCGAAGUGAACGAGGAAGAGUUCCUUCGCAUCAUGCAGAAGACCAACCUCUAUUAA